AUGUGUACGUUAUUUUUGGGUGAAUGCAAAGCCGAGGUACGUGGCACGGUAUCGGAUCUUGGAGGCACGAAGGGCCACUUUAACUUCAAAGUGACACGCGGGAAUGACGUAGUUGAGUUGGAGAUCACAUCAGAAUCAGAUCUGUUUUUUAACUACAUUCACAGGGUCACACGUGAUGAUUACGAUGUAAUUUGUAAGAGACAACGUCUAACUGCUGAAUUUGCGGAUUAUGCUGACACUCUCAGCCGUAUGAUACUUUCAUGUAUAGAGAGCGAAUCGUUUCUUGCCUUCAUCUUUCUAAAUGGCGGCGAGGGAACCCUUCAGUUUGUUCAAAAUGCUGACUACAAGUUUAUCGAGCUUUUAGAAUGUAAUCUGCAAAGAGCCAACGAAUUCCGUAUUGUCGAGAACAUUACUUAUCGCUAUAAUACGCUCAAGGAACGCCUUAAUCACUUCGGCAAACACCUAGAGGAUGUGAGCACCUAUCUGAAAACGAAGGACCCCGAAUGUACCCGUCAACGUCUGUUUGGAUAA